GCUAUCCCUGUUUAUCCCAUGUUUCCGCAAAGGCAUAUUAUGUUCCUGUACAUAUAGGACAGGGACUGGAUAUAUGGGAUAGACAGGAACAUAGGAAAUAUUUAAGACGAUCUUAAAAAUUAGUAACGACUAUGAAUUGAAUCAGCGUAUUGUAAAUUUAACAAAGAUCACAGGCAUCACAGGUGGGCAUUAGCACCGUAAUAGUUUCCCGCGUAGAUGUCGCUUGCCGUGAUUAAAUAUUGCACGUUUGACCUGAUUGGCGUGUUCCGGAUUCGAAGGGACAUGCUGUUCCCAUUGGUUUAUUCGAGGAACGCUGUUAACGUAUUGCCAGCUGUUGAAGUUACGUUUGUUUGAAAUCAAACGGCAACUGAAGUUUGUUCGGUUGCUUGGUGCUCCGAAAUUUUGUCUGCCAUGCAUGGACGGUGAAUAGAGUCAUACUCGCGAGAAGAAGUGGGCAUGCACAGUUUUUAAAAGUAUUUAUUAUCGAGUAAAAGAGGAAGAAUCGUUUUAUAUAUAUAUCGAAGACUUUGGCGAAAAUCGAAAAGCGAACAAUGGCCACGAUUCGUGUACACGAGGAUCAGGAGAAUCGAAUCGGCGAUGUCCGCCGCGGCAAAGAAAAUAUUACCAUGCCCCUUCAGAGUCAAUUAUUGCAACCACAGAAGCGUGCCGUUCUAGGAGUUAUUCACAAUAAUUGUAACCGAACCACGAAACAAGAAAUUUAUAAAGAUGAAAAGUAUCAGAAAGCAAAAGCAGUUUUACCCCCACAAUUCGAAGCGUUUAAAAUUUACGAAGAGAAGAAGGAAGAAGCUGUAUUUAAAAUCUACGAAGACAAGCUCGAGGAAGAAACUUCAGUUGCUCUUAGAGACACGCGCGACAAGAAAGAGAUCAAAGGGAAACAUGACAUUAAAUCAGACAUUAGAGAAAAACCCAGGUUAGAAGUGAAUCCUAUCAGCGUGCUGAACAUACAGCCGUUUUGUAACACCCUUCAAGAUGCGAGUCAAAAGAAAGAGAACGACGUAAUCUUUACGCCAGGAAGUCCGAUGUCUUUAGAGAAGUCGACGCCUUAUUCAUCUUCUAUGAAUAAAGAUUACCAAAAAUGGAAAGAGUCAAAAGAACUCAGAAUGAAUUUCUUUGACGUCGAAGAAUACAGAGCUGAUGUAUAUAAUUAUUUGCGUGCUAGAGAGACGCAGCAUAGACCAAAACCCGGAUACAUGAAGAAACAGCCGGACAUUACGUAUUCGAUGAGAUCGAUAUUGGUGGAUUGGCUGGUGGAAGUUGCCGAGGAAUAUAGAUUGCAGACCGAAACGCUCUACUUGGCUGUCUCAUAUAUAGAUCGCUUUUUGUCAUAUAUGAGCGUCGUAAGAGCGAAGCUACAACUUGUUGGAACAGCGGCGAUGUUCAUUGCUGCAAAAUACGAAGAAAUUUACCCACCCGAUGUAGGUGAAUUUGUAUAUAUCACAGACGAUACGUACACGAAGAAGCAGGUAUUACGCAUGGAGCAUUUAAUAUUGAGGGUUCUGUCUUUCGACCUAGCUGUACCAACACCGCUUACCUUCCUAAUGGAAUUCUGUAUUAGCAAUAAUCUAUCUGACAAAAUUAAAUUUUUAGCAAUGUAUUUGAGCGAAUUGUCAAUGCUCGAAGGGGAUCCGUAUCUGCAGUUUGUACCUAGUCAUUUAGCUGCAUCUGCGAUAGCACUCGCAAGACACACGUUAUUAGAAGAAAUGUGGCCCCACGAGCUAGAAUUGUCAACUGGAUACAGCCUGAUAAACCUGAAGGAAUGCAUUCUUUGCUUGCACAAGACCUUCUGCAACGCGUUAAAUAUACAGCAGCAAGCCAUCCAAGAGAAAUACAAAAGCAGCAAAUAUGGGCACGUAGCUUUAUUAUUACCACGACGUAUUGAUAAUAUAACACUGACUUCCGAGGACGAAGAUGAGAAUGCCUAGUACUUAACUAAGCAUCGAACGACAGUUAGAAGAAUCUAUGAACGUUUACAGAAAGUUGGAGAUAAUGACAAGGAGGGGAUUAGGGCAAGACUGACUUGUUGUGUUACGAAUUAAAUGUACGACUUACUUACAGCAUCAUCAUUGAUCAUUAUGUUUUGCGCAAGCAAACAUAUAGAAUUUAAUUCUUAUAUAUUUCGCCGUACCACCUAUACUUAUUAUAUAGGUCGUAAAUGGAAAUUUUAAUAACUGAACUUAGAGCUCCGUCAUUAUAUUAACGAACGGAGCUUUGAAUUACGUUAUUUAGGAAUUGUAUUUUUAUACACGUUUUUUAGACGAUUGUUAACAGAACACUUGCUCCGCAUACAACGAUACCCAAAUUUUGUUGCCAGUGAUCUGUCGUAAAAAUGAUAGUAAGCGUAAGAAUAAUAACUGUAUUUAUUAUUGGUACCAUAUGAAGUAAUUCACAUUUAUUGUGAUGGAAUGCAUUUAGAUGCUAUUAUUCUAUUUAGAACCAUUCGAACUGGAUUUUAUAAAAAGAAAUUUAUUUUUGCUUUGUACCGAAACAUGCGCAGACUUUUCGGUUUUAUGUGAAACAUGUUUUGUACAAUAAUACAAGGGAACAAACUAUUCAAGUGUUUCAAACACUGCAUGUCUAUAAUAUUAAAGACAGUUGUACAGGACAAUUUUAUUUACAGUUCGGUUUCAUUGUAACGUUAAACUUCUCAAUUCGUAGUUUUGUAAUAACAAUGUUUUUUGAAAACAUAGAAAAAUAAAACGUACGACAGACAAAUAAAACGUCUUCGUGUGCUACGAAAAAAUCUUGAAACACUGGUUUUUACAACAGUUUUUAAUGAAAAACUUUGAAAGAUAUAUUUUACUGGCUGCGAAUUAAAAAUUGACAUGAAUGGUUGCAUUUUAAAUAAAUUCGCGAAGUGAUUCGUAUUACCACGAAAUGCUGGUUAUUCUUUGGAAAAUGUAUUUUAAUGGCUAUGCAUGAUUAGAAAGAGCUUAGAAAUUGACAUGAAUGGUUGCAUUUUAAACGAACUCGCAGAAUGACAUAUACAGAAUGUAUUUGACUGGUUAUGAAUAAUUGAAAAGAGCUUAUAAAUUGACAUGAAUGUUUGCAUGUUAACUUUUAGACCGUCGGAAAGUCGAAAUAUCGGCUUAAAUAUUGAUGAGUAUAUUACAUGGGAUACAUCCUUGAUAUAAUCAUAUUAUACGUGACUUCUUAAAGGAGUUUUGAAGUGAUUAAUGUCGGCGGUCUAAAGGUCAAAUGAAUUCACAAAUUAAUACGUAUUAUUACGAAAUUAUACUUUGGAAAAUUUGGAAAAUGUAUUUCACUGACUAUGAAUGAUCAAAAAUUGACUUGAAUGGUUGCAUUUUAAAUGAAUGCGCAAAUUGACAGGUAUUAUCAUGAAAUCCUGGUGAUAUUUUGAAAAAUGUAUUUUUUUGGUUACGAAUGAUUAAAAAGAGUUUAGAAAUUGACAUGAAUGGUUGCAUUUUAAAUGAAUUCGUAAAUUGAUACGUAUUAUCAUGGAAUGUUGGCAAAACUUUGGAAAAUGUAUUUUACUGGCUAUGAAUGAUUAGAAAUUGAUAUGAAUGGUAGCAUCUUAACUAAAUUCGCAAGUUAAGAUGUAGUAUUCCGAAAUCCUAGUAAAGUUUCAGAAUAUACGUAUUUUUUUAACUACGAAUGAUUCGAAAGAUCUUCGAAAUUUACAGGAAUGGUUGAAUUUUAAAUGAAUUCCUAACACGCAACAUAUUAUCACGACAUGGUGAUAACACUAAAUUUUGAAAAAUGUAUUUCACUGGAUACGAAUGGUAAAACGAAACUAACAAGUAGUCAAAAAAUUAAAAUAAAUGUUUGAACACAUGAAUCAAAUGGUGCAUAUUCCCGUGCUCGUGUUCUCAUAUCGUAUUAAUCGUAUCACUGUUGCGGAUCUUACCAUGCGUGACUUAUACACCGUUUAUAAUUCUUAUAAUUACGGUGACCAUGUCUUUAGGAGUGAAAUCAGGGACAAAAAAGAAGGUAAGGAUUAUAACAACACACGAACAGCAACAAAAUAGCAAAAUUCUUGUAUUGGA